CUCUCUGAAUGUCUUCCCCCUGGCUGACGGCAUGGUACGUGCACAGAUGGGGGGCAAGCUCGUGCCUUCGGGGGACCACUGGCACCUGAGUGACCUCGGCCAGCUGCAGUUCACCUCCAGCUACCAGGUUUUGUAGCCGUGCUGUGGAGUGAGGGUCCCUCCCUGUCACCCAUGCUCAUUCAGGAAGCGUCUUUGUGUACAACCCUUUGCAGCUUCCCCUGCACCCGGGGUAGUGGGGCUGUGUGCGGAGGUGUGCCAGCACACGAGGGAAGCACCAGCCCGGGAGGCACGGGCCUCACACGGGGCCUCGGGGCCUCUGCAGCCAGGGCGUACCUGUCUGUUCGGGCUGAGCUGAGCCUUUGUUCUGGGGCACAAGCAUGUCUGUCCCCCAGACCCAACCCAGAAGACCAGCCCCGAAGGCCACCCUGGGCGCCAUCCUAGAGCGUCUUGCAUCAUGGUGUCUGAGGUUUGCACGUCCACUGGAUACAGUAGGGUGAGGGGCCAGUAUCUCCCCUCUAGCCUGCUGCUACCUUCCUGUCCAUGCUAUUGACUGCUGGGUCUCUGAGUUUGGGGAGGUGGCUGUCCUGGGUGCGCGCAGCUAACCAGGGAGUGCAGUGCACCCCUCAGCGGGGGCCCCCGGACAAAGCCCGGGGCAGGGAUUUUCCCUGACCCACCACUCAAUCAGGGCCCCUGGUCACUUGUGGCCAGUGUUGGUCUGUGAGCUCAGCCCUCCCUUCGCCAGACAGGCUGUGGCCGCAUCACCAGGUAAGGAUGCUGCCCUUGGGGCUGGAGGAGGUGACCCCAGGCCUGGGGCACUUCCUGCAGAGCCUGUGGGAGGUCGCCUGCGGAAGGCGAAGCACCUGGGCCUCCAGGCCUGGCUGGGCCAGCAGAUGUGGGGCCUGGACUUCUCCCAAAGCUUCUUCUUGCUGCAGCUUGUGGCUGACUAUCCCUUUGUUCCUGGGUGUCCAGCCUGCCUGCAGGAAGUGGCUGCAAGCUGCCCACUCUGUCAGAAAGUGACCCCACUCGCUUCAGCUUUUGUUCCAGACAGGGAGCAUGUCUCUGCGACCUCUGACCCAGGCGCUCACCCCCCGCCCCUGUUAUGGGCCGCCCUGCCUGUGUGCAGGGCCGGCGGGAGGCUGGGGCUCCUCCACACACUUGCCGGGAGAAGCCGCAGGGGCCCCCCGAGGCCGGGGGCUCAGAGCCCUGCCUCCCGCCUGAGGCCGAGCCAGCUUUCUUCCCAUGUCUCUUCUUUCUCCUGCCUCGUCGUCCGAAGUAGUCUUGCUUUUCAUCCCACUGUUUUAUGUUUCAGUUUGUAGUGUUUUAACCAAACAGUUGUGGCUACUCAUGGUGAGGAAUGACCGCUAAGAGUUUGGGUUCUUUGCAUUUGGAGGUCACUGCCACACGUUGGUGUUUAGGAGGUUGAGAGGUUUGCCGCUAGUGUCCGCAGGAUGAGAUGUCCGAGUCAGGCCAGUCUUCGGCAGCUGCCACACCCAGCACCGCGGGCACCAAGUCCAACACGCCCACGUCCUCUGUGCCCUCGGCCGCCGUUACGCCGCUCAAUGAGAGCCUGCAGCCCCUGGGGGACUACAGCGCCGGCACGAAGAGCAGCAAGCGGGCGCGAGAGAAGCGCAACAGCCGCAACAUGGAGGUCCAGGUCACGCAGGAGAUGCGGAACGUCAGCAUAGGCAUGGGCAGCAGUGAUGAGUGGUCUGAUGUUCAAGACAUUAUUGAUUCUACGCCAGAGCUGGACAUGAGUCGGGAACCCCGCCUUGAUCGCACGGGCAACAGCCCGACGCAGGGGAUCGUGAACAAGGCUUUUGGCAUCAACACUGACUCCCUGUACCACGAGCUGUCGACGGCGGGGUCAGAGGUCAUCGGGGAUGUGGAUGAAGGAGCUGACUUGCUAGGGGAGUUCUCAGUGCGCCAUGAUUUCUUUGGAAUGGGCAAGGAAGUGGGGAAUCUGCUGCUGGAGAACUCACAGCUUCUAGAAACCAAAAACGCUCUGAAUGUGGUGAAGAAUGACCUCAUCGCCAAGGUGGACCAGCUGUCCGGGGAGCAGGAGGUGCUCAAAGGGGACUUGGAAGCCGCCAGGCAGGCCAAACUCAGGCUGGAGGGCCGCAUCAAGGACCUGGAGGAGGAGCUGAGGAGAGUGAAGUCAGAGGCCAUUGUCGCCCGCCGAGAGCCCAAAGAAGAGGUGGAGGAUGUAAGCAGCUAUCUCUGUACAGAAUUGGACAAGAUCCCCAUGGCACAGCGCCGCCGCUUCACGCGGGUGGAGAUGGCCCGUGUGCUCAUGGAACGCAACCAGUACAAGGAGAGGCUGAUGGAGCUCCAGGAGGCCGUGCGGUGGACCGAGAUGAUCAGAGCGUCCCGAGAGCAUCCAUCUGUCCAGGAGAAGAAGAAGUCCACCAUCUGGCAAUUCUUCAGCCGCCUCUUCAGCUCCUCGUCCAGCCCCCCUCCGGCCAAGCGGUCCUAUCCCUCGGUGAACAUCCACUACAAGUCCCCCACCACGGCCGGCUUCAGCCAGCGCCGCAGCCAUGCUAUGUGCCCCAUCUCUGCUGGCAGCCGGCCUCUGGAGUUCUUCCCCGACGAUGACUGCACGUCCUCCACCCGCCGGGAGCAGAAGCGCGAGCAGUACCGCCAGGUGCGCGAGCACGUGCGCAACGACGAUGGGCGGCUGCAGGCCUGUGGCUGGAGCCUGCCGGCCAAGUACAAGCAGCUGAGUCCCAACGGGGGCCAGGAGGACACGCGGAUGAAGAACGUGCCUGUCCCCGUGUACUGCCGCCCUCUGGUGGAGAAAGACCCAACAAUGAAGCUGUGGUGUGCCGCGGGCGUGAACCUGAGCGGGUGGAAACCGAACGAGGACGACUCUGGGAACGGAGUCAGGCCUGCGCCAGGCCGUGACCCUCUGACCUGCGACCGGGAAGUGGAAGGAGAGACCAAGAGCAAUCACGCGUCCCCAGAGAAGAAGGCGAAAGAGCUCCCCGAGCCGGACGCCACCUCCAGCCGCGUGUGGAUCCUCACCAGCACUCUGACCACCAGCAAAGUGGUCAUCAUCGAUGCCAACCAGCCAGGCACCGUGGUGGAUCAGUUCACCGUCUGCAAUGCCCACGUCCUGUGCAUCUCCAGCAUUCCAGCGGCCAGUGACAGUGACUACCCUCCGGGGGAGAUCUUCCUGGACAGCGAUGUGAACCCUGAGGAUUCCGGUGCCGACGGUGUGCUGGCAGGCAUCACCCUGGUGGGCUGUGCCACCCGUUGCAACGUGCCCCGCAGCAACUGCUCCUCCCGAGGGGAUACCCCAGUGCUGGACAAGGGCCAGGGGGAGGUGGCUACUGUCGCCAACGGGAAGGUCAACCCAUCUCAGUCCACGGAGGAGGCCACAGAAGCCACGGAGGUGCCAGACUCUGGGCCCAGCGAGGCAGAAGCAGCCGCAGUGCGGCCUGGGCCCCUCACGGAGCAUGUCUUCACCGACCUGGCCCCUGCCCCGGCCCCCAGUGCCCAGCCUGGCAGUGAGAACGGGCCGGAGGCCGACACGGGUGGGGUGCAGCCCGAGCCAGAGCCCAGCACAGACCCUGCAGGGACCAGCAAUAGCGCUGCCCCCACCAUGUGGCUGGGAGCCCAGAACGGCUGGCUCUAUGUGCACUCAGCCGUGGCCAACUGGAAGAAGUGUCUGCACUCCAUCAAGCUAAAGGACUCUGUGCUGAGCCUGGUGCACGUGAAAGGGCGAGUGCUUGUGGCCCUGGCCGACGGGACUCUGGCCAUCUUCCACCGAGGUGAAGAUGGCCAGUGGGACCUGAGCAACUAUCACCUGAUGGACCUGGGCCACCCCCACCACUCCAUCCGCUGCAUGGCCGUCGUCUGCGACCGCGUCUGGUGUGGCUACAAAAACAAGGUGCACGUCAUCCAGCCCAAGACGAUGCAGAUUGAGAAGUCAUUCGACGCCCACCCACGGCGGGAGAGCCAAGUGCGGCAGCUGGCGUGGAUCGGUGAUGGGGUGUGGGUGUCCAUCCGCUUGGAUUCCACAUUGCGGCUCUACCAUGCCCAUACCCACCAGCACCUGCAGGACGUGGACAUCGAGCCCUAUGUCAGCAAGAUGCUGGGCACAGGCAAGCUGGGCUUCUCCUUCGUGCGGAUCACAGCCCUGCUCAUCGCGGGCAACCGCCUCUGGGUGGGCACCGGCAAUGGAGUGGUCAUCUCUAUCCCGCUGACCGAGACCGUGGUCCUGCACCGAGGCCAGCUCCUGGGGCUCCGAGCAAACAAAACCUCCCCCACGUCUGGGGAGGGAGCCCGCCCUGGGGGCGUCAUCCACGUGUACGGUGAUGACAGCAGUGACAAAUCGGCCAGCAGCUUCAUCCCCUACUGCUCCAUGGCCCAGGCCCAGCUCUGCUUCCACGGGCACCGUGAUGCCGUCAAAUUCUUUGUGUCGGUGCCAGGGAAUGUGUUGGCCACUCUCAACGGCAGUGUGCUCGACAGCCCCUCUGAGAGCCCCGGGCCCGCCGCCCCUGCCUCAGACGCCGAGGGCCAGAAGCUGAAGAACGUUCUGGUGCUGAGCGGCGGGGAGGGCUACAUCGACUUCCGCAUCGGGGACGGAGAGGAUGAUGACACCGAGGAGAACACUGGGGACAUGAGCCAGGUGAAGCCCCUGCUGUCCAAGGCAGAGCGCAGCCACAUCAUCGUGUGGCAGGUGUCCUACAGCCCUGAGUGAGGCUCCGGCCUCCCCCGCCCCGCCUGCCCGACGCCGACGUGUACAUACAGCCCCACCCGCCUGCCUGCUGCCCGCCCUGCAGGCAGCCCGGCGCCCGCCCCUCUUAUAACCUCUCAACCUGCAGCUUUCACCUUAGGGCCGGGCCUCCGCAAAGGCGGGCAGCAACGCGGGUCUGGCUGGGAGGGAGGGACCCUCACCAGGAGGGGAAGAACCUCUCAGGACACGUGCCCCAGCAGCUUCUGGCUUGCCCCCGAUCCCAAGUUCUCCCAUCUGGGGGGCAUUUUGGGGCCAGAGCAAGGCAGGAGGUAGGUCGGGCUGGGAGAAGGCCCUGCAGGUGGCUCCCAGCUCCACCCUGGGCCCCCCACUUCCCUCACUCCCAGGACCCCCCCAGGGCAGGUAGUAGGGACUUCAGCCCGCCAAGUCUUCCCAGCCGGAGCCUACUUGCCUUUGCCUGCUGCCUGAAGGGGUGGGCCUGACCCUAAGGGAGCCGGCCUGGCCACUGGCCUUCCCUAGGCCCCCUGCACCCACACCCUGAUGCCUGCCCCGGGAAUUGGCAUGGAAGCACGUAGCCAGGCUGCCUAAGGCAGCUGCUUGAGAAGCCAGAUGCCCUCUGCUGCUCACCCCGUUGUAGCCAGCUCUCCCCAGCUCUCCCUGGGCAGAAGACCCACCUGGUAGGAGCAGGCUCUGGAGUCCUCCCCCUCCCAGAAUCCCCUUGGGUGGAAUUUCUCAGGCUGCCAAGGCAGGCCCAGGCCUCAGGAAGAAGGGGAGGCCCCUGGUCUCUCCUGGGGUCAGUCCUAGGACACAGGCUCAGCCUCGGUGACAGGGGGACACGUGGUCCGGGGCCUGCCUCCCGCACAGUCUCCAAGGAGCCCCGUUCCCAAGACACACUAUGAAGUGCCUAGGGCUGGCAGCAUGGCCUGCUCCCCUGAGGGCAACUGAAGAUGAGCCUGCGAGGGCUCGUGGCAGAAGGUGCCUCCGGCCGGCUUUAAACAUGGAUGCCUGCCGGCUUUGAGGGGUCCCGCCCUGGACUGCCACCUCCCUGACCUGCCCAGGUCCAGGCCUUACUCCUGCUCCAGAGGCCCUGCUGCCCACCCACCUCCCACCAGAGAAGCACAGACCUUGGGCAGCCACCCCACGAGCCCAGCCGGCCACCGUCACGUGCAGCUGCAGGCUUCUCCCCACCACCCUGCCACUCUCCACUGUGAUGUACGUCCAGUCUCUUCUGUUCCCACGGGGCCGUGAAGUGACUCGGGGGCUAGCUGGGUGGGUGCAGCUGGGGGAAGGGGCUGGGUGGUGAUUCUCCUCAGGCUUUGGCCCUGCAAGCGAACCCACGUAUUUGCUCUGUAUGUAAUAAAUGUCUUAACAUCGUA